AUGGCCGAGUCUGGUCUGGAGCCGAGAUUGUUGCACACAAUCUCUCAUGAUUCGACCUCGGUGCUGAGCUUGGCAGUGGAUGAGCAGAGCGGACUGGUGUUUAGCGGCAGCCAGGCAGAGGACAUAUACGUCUGGGAUUUGAGUACUUUCCAAGAGAAGACGAGACUAGAGGGUCACACUGCAUCGGUGCUUGCGCUCGAGUUGUGUCCGGAGAAAUCUUGGCUCUUUUCGGCUUCGGGAGACAGCACUGUGCGGAUCUGGGACACGAAGACGCUCUCUCCCCUUUGCGUCAUACAUCCUGCUGAUGACCGGGUUGGAGAUAUUUUCGCGCUGAAAUGGUGCUCGGAGCUGCAGACCCUGUAUUUUGGUUGCCAGAACACUAGCCUUCAGUGGAUUACCCUGACUUCGAUCACUUCUGCAAUCAGCCAAGACGAAGUGCGAGCAGUGCCCAUAGUGCGACCGCACAAGUUCUUUGAUUCCGGACCGCACGCGGGAAGUCAAACACGUCUGAGCACGAGCUUGAGCCGAAGUGCCAGCGGGAGGUCUACUCCUGCCGCAGGUUGGCCCAGAGGCAGUGCAAGGGGAGCAGGCUUUUCCACACCACCACUGGACUACUCGCCUAGUGAUAGAGUGAGGAGGUUGCAAGUGGAGCAGCGACAUAUGGUCUCUUCGGCGCACAGCGGAUACAUUUACGCCCUCGACUUGCUUCAGAAACCGGAUCGGCACCUUGACGGAGGAGGUCAGCGAAGGGGAGGGUCUAAACACAUGCUUGUCAGUGGUUCUGGAGAUGAGGACAUCAAGCUUUGGUCGUGCACGCCAGACGGUCUGACUCAAGAGGCAGUGCUACAUCAUAGUGACAAUGGAGUCUUGGCAUUGGCGUCGUGGGGUAGCUGCACGCUUUUUGCUGGCCUGCAAGGAGGCGACAUUGAGGUGUGGGAUGUCGAGACUGGGCGCGUUGUCCGGACAUUGCACGCUCACGACGACGAUGUGCUAGCUCUAGUUACAGUGGGCAGCAUCGCAGACGAAGAUACUUGCAUCCUCUACUCGGCCAGCGCUGACGGUCGAAUUCGAAGAUGGGACGCUAGCUUCAAGUGCACCGCCGACUGGGUUGCCCACAACGGCAUUGUGCUCUCGAUCGCUUCCUUGCCGCAGGCUGUUGGUAAUCAGGGGAACAUAGUCUUGACGGGAGCUUCCGACGAUCGAAUCAAGGUCUGGGACUUGCUCUUUAGCCCUGGCACAUUGGAAAAGCAUUCCCGGCCAACGGCAGGGCCUUCUUCUCUUGGCACCGCAGAUCCCAUGAUUAGCGCCCUCGCCCAAUUCGUCGCCUUCAAAUCGGUCUCUGCCAACGAGAAUCUGCGGGAAGAUUGUCGCCAGUGCGCGCACUGGCUGAAGAAUCACCUCACGGAUUUGGGAGCAGAGACGGCUUUGCUGCCGGGCGCUGAAGGCCACAAUCCGCUCGUAUUGGCAACGUUCAGGGCCAACAAAUCCAGACUUGCUCCACGCAAGCGAGUUGUUGCCUAUGCUCAUUACGAUGUCAUUACUCCUGGACCGUGCGAAAGCUGGUCGAAUAGUCCUUGGUCGCUGACGGGCAGAGACGGAUAUCUGCAUGCCAGAGGAGUCAGCGACAACAAGGGUCCUUGCUUAGCUAUCGCAUACGCCGCUGCGGAAUUGGCAAAAGAAGGUACGCUUGGCGCAGACGUUACUCUCGUCGUCGAGGGCGAGGAAGAAGCUGGAGGUUGUGGCUUUACGGAGGCGAUCAGAGCUGCCAAAGAACAGAUCGGCCCGGUGGACGUCAUUCUUCUGUCGAAUUCCUACUGGCUGGGGGAAGACACGCCUUGCCUCACCGUCGGCUUGCGCGGCGUCGUACAGGCCGAUCUCGAAGUCAGGAGCGACUUUCAGGAUCGUCAUUCUGGAGUAGACGGCGGCGCAGUGCGGGAGCCGAUGAUCGACAUGAUCAAACUCUUGGCAAGUUUGACAGAGGGCGAGCGUGUCUUGUUGCCCACUUUCUACGACUCUGUGCGGCCAAUCACGCCAGCAGAACGGGCGAUGUAUGCGCAGAUUGCGCAGAUGAAGCAUAGUCGAGCCAGCGGCCAGACAGUAGAGGCUUUGAUGGCUCGAUGGAGGCUCCCUAGCCUUUCCGUGCACCGCAUCUCGGUCAGCUCUGGUUCUGGCAGUGGAAAUGCUACCGUAAUCCCCAGCACCGUGACCGCUGCUGUCAGUCUUCGACUGGUACCGGAUCAGGAUCUGGAUGUGAUCACGGACACUCUGAUAGCGCAUGUGAGCGCGCAUUUCGGGAAGCUUGCCAGUCCCAAUCGCAUCGGCGUUUACAUCAAGCAUCGCGCAGAUUGGUGGCUAGGCGAAGACAGCGCCUACUCCACCGCUUUGGCCUCAGCCGUGCAGUCCGAAUGGGGACAAGCGCCGGUGUCGAUACGAGAAGGAGGAUCCAUUCCAAGUCUGGCCAUACUGGAAAAAGAGCUAGAAGCUCCAGCGGUCCAUCUACCCAUGGGACAAGCCUCAGACAGAGCUCAUCUGGCUGAUGAGAGGCUACGACUUGUCAACUUGCUCAAGGGCAAAUCGGUCGUCAAGCGCUGGCUCGCAUCUUCAGCCAUUUCCAACGCGUCUCAGAGAUGA